AUGUCAAUUAUCUGUGGCGUUCCCAUCCUCGAGUGUGUGUACUGUCUGGCUUGUGCUCGGUGGGCAUGGAAAAGGUGUCUCCACAGUGCAGGCCACGAUAGUGAGACAUGGGGAUUCGCUACACCUGAAGAAUUUGAACCUGUUCCCAGGCUAUGCCGUUACAUACUGGCUGUCUACGAGGAUGAUCUCAGACACCCUCUUUGGGAGCCUCCUGAUGGUUAUGGAAUUAAUGCCGAUUGGAUAAUUAUAAAAAGAAGUUACAAGGAUACAAACGGAAGAGCCCCCCCUUAUUUAUUGUACGUUGAUCAUGACAAUGCCGACAUUGUUCUUGCUAUUAGAGGCCUUAAUCUGGCAAAGGAGAGUGAUUACGCAGUUUUACUUGAUAAUAAGCUGGGGAAAAGGAAAUUCGAUGGGGGUUAUGUUCACAAUGGGCUGUUAAAUGCAGCAGGCUGUGUUUUGAAUGCAGAAUGUGAUGAUUUGAAGGAAUUGGUGGAGAAAUAUCCAAAUUAUACAGUGACUUUUACAGGACAUUCCCUAGGGUCGGGCGUGGCUGCAUUAUUGACAAUGGUGGUUCUUCAGAAUCGUGAUAAACUGGCUAACAUUGAUAGGAAGAGGAUCAGGUGUUAUGCUAUUGCACCUGCCAGAUGCAUGUCACUCAAUUUGGCUGUAAGAUAUGCUGAUGUCAUCAGCUCUAUUGUUCUUCAGGACGAUUUCUUGCCUCGUACAGCGACCCCUUUAGAAGACAUCUUCAAGUCGCUUUUCUGUUUGCCUUGCUUAUUAUGUUUAAGAUGCAUGAGAGAUACAUGCAUACGAGAGGAGAAAAUGCUAAAAGAUCCAAGGAGGCUGUAUGCACCAGGUCGCCUCUAUCACAUUGUUGAGCGUAAACCUUUCAGAUGUGGAAGAUUUCCACCAGUUGUGAGGACGGCAGUGCCUGUCGAUGGCAGAUUUGAACAUAUAGUAUUGUCUUGCAAUGCCACUUCUGAUCAUGCCAUCAUUUGUAUAGAGAGAGAAGCACGAAGGGCUCUCGAAUUGAUGCUCGAGAAAGAUCAUAGCAUGGAGAUUCCACCAAAACAGAGGAUGGAGCGGCAGGAAACUUUAACCAGGGAGCAUGGCGAGGAGUACAAUGCAGCUUUGCAAAGGGCAGUUACACUGGCAGUUCCUCACGCCUUUUCGCCUUCUCAAUAUGGAACCUUCGCUGAAAAUGAAGAUCCUGAAAAUUCAACAGGUUCUUCUACAGGGUCACCGAUGAAAAGCAAGACUCGGGAUAACUGGGAUGAACUGAUUGAGCGUCUUUUUGAUAAGGACGAGUCUGGUCACAUUACGCUGAAAAAGCCCCUCACAGCCAAAUGA